GUAAAUUUUACUACGCUGCUGUCUUGUUGACAUUACAGAUUUUUUACAGAGUGGUUGGUUGCCCUGUUAAAAAAAUUCUGAUUUUGACAAGAGAUUUCUGUUUAGAAAUGUCAAAACUUAAUAACAAAAAUAGUAAUUCUACAUAUGGGAAAAUAACUUUAAAGGGCACAAUUAUUAAAAUUGCUUUUUGAUUUUGGAGUUUAGUAAUGUAAUAUGAUAUAAUUGAAAUUGACUGAAAGAUGCUUCAAAAUAAAUGUCGUCACUCUGCUGUAUUACCAAAUGAAAUAUGUCCAUUUUGUAAUACGACAACACCCGAAACUCUACUGGAUAUAUGUUUUGAUUACAUCAAUAAACACCCUGAAACAAUAUGUACUCCAAGUUCAGAAAAUUUACAGUUGAUGGAUGGUUUGUCUUUACCAGUGGAAAUUUGUGAACGUUUAUUAAAUGUUCGGAAUAAUAGCUUGACACCAGUCGAUUCAAGUUUUAUUAAUAUCUUUAAAAAUACAGACUGUACUAGAUUAAAAAGAGUUAAAUUACGACAAACUGAAAUACAGGAUCAGGAUUUAGAAAUGCUUUUAAAACAUAACUUGAUUGAAUUAGAUUUAUCACUCUGUCCAAAUUUAACAUCAAAUUGCAUUGAACAUCUUAGUAAUCAUAGCUCUAGUUUAAUAUCACUUGGUAUAGGUGAAGAUACAGAUAUUUUUCCAGUUCGACUAUUUGGUAAAUCUCCUUUAGAUCAAGAAUUAUAUCAAAAGAGAUACAUUUUCUUAGCGCCAAACCUCAAAAGAUUAACUUUGAAAGGUUUGCAUUCACUACAGUCUGAUUUUUAUAUGAUUUUACUAUACCCCUUAUCAACACUGACUCAUUUAGAUCUGUCAAAUUGUAGCUCGUUAGGUAACUUUUUAUAUACACAUCAUCUUGUUAAUUUAACUUCACUAAUAUUAUAUAAUGUAGAUGCAAUUGAAUCUAAAAUAGCAGCAAUUUGUAAAUUAACAAAUCUAAGGCAUUUAGAUAUAUCCCAAUCUAGAGAUGAUCAAGGGAAAUAUAAAAAAGGAGAUCAAAUUUUAAAGACUAUAGUGGAGUGUUUACCUAAAUUAACUUCUCUGGAUAUUUCGGGGACAAACCUAGCAGGUAGAGGUGUAGCUGAAACUAUUAAUGGAAGUGUUUGUGACAUCCCUGGAUUAAGUUCAAGGGCUAAUAAUCCAUUCCAGUAUCUGGGUUUAUAUGAGACAUCCCAUGACGCUUGCUUAAGACAUGACAUCCCUGCAAAAUUGAUUGGUGGAAAUGCUAAUGAGGAGCAGAUAUUAGUGGCUGCUUUAGCGUAUUUAGAUAGAACUGAUAUGUUACAAAAAGUUAUGAACGAAUUAUUUCAUUUAUUUCGAUUAGAAAAUAUUGAAUACCUUGGACAAGCACUGAAUAUUGUUUUAGAAGCAAUGAGUAGACAUUUACAUGAAAGGCAUAUUCAAAUAUCUGGCAGUGCAACAUUGUUUUAUAUAGUAAAAGGUACAGGACCUGAGUUGCAUGAUGAUGUUAGAGUAAAGAGAAAAAUAAUUACAACUCUACUAAAUGGUAUGAGCGUUCAUAAAAAUGAUGAUACCAUGAUGAGGAAUGGGUGCUUAACGUUGUGCCAGUUUAGGAUACCAACAGAUGUGCUAUUUGAUUAUGAAAGACUUGUCAACAUACUUCUAUAUUCUGUCUAUGGAAUGGCACAAGAAAGUUUUGUACAAAGAAUAGGAAUUUAUUUACUUAAUUCUUUGGCUUGUCAAGUAGAUGGCCAACAGAAAGUGAAACUGGGUGAAUUAGGAGCUAUAAAUAGAAUGAUUUGGCUAAUUAAAGAUAGACUUGAGCGAGGGAUAUGCGAUGAUGUCCUAGAAGUAGCAUGGUCUACGAUGUGGAACGUUACAGAUGAAACACCAUUAAACUGUAAGAAAUUCUUGGAACAAAAAGGGAUGCAGCAUUUUUUGCAAUGCCUAGAAAAAUUUCCUGACAGAGAGGAGCUUCUUCGCAACAUGAUGGGUUUACUGGGUAACGUUGCAGAAGUUCGGGAACUUAGACAGUAUCUUGUAACAUCAGAGUACUUAUCAGUAUUUGCGAGGUUAUUGGAUUCUCAAAGUGACGGCAUAGAAGUCAGUUACAAUGCGGCAGGUGUUAUUUCACACAUUGCGUCAGACGGUCCAGAUGUUUGGUUAGUUAUGGAGCCUUCUAGAACUCAUGUUUUAAAUAAAAUGGUGUCGGCUAUUGAGCGUUGGGAUAUUAAUUCUCUUAGAAACAUCAAUUAUAGAUCAUUCGAACCUAUAUUAUAUCUUGUGCAGGUGUACCAUACUCCCGAAUGUCAGCAUUGGGCAGUGUGGGCUUUAGCAAAUCUAACAAAAGUUUACCCCGAAAAAUAUUGUACUUUGGUGGAGAGGGAAGGUGGUUUGAGUUUACUUCAAGAAUUAAUUUAUCAUCCAAUAGUGCCAGCGCGAGUAAAGGAUCUAGCAGCCAUUGUCAUAGAAAACUGUCGAAAAUUUCAAGCAUCUUUGGAGGGAUAAGUUACAUAUGGUUUGUGUUCUAAGACAUUGAAGUACUCGUCAAAACAACUUAAUUUUUUUGUAGUUUUGAUAUGGGUCUUUAUCAAAGAAUUAUUUUAUUAAAAUGUAGCUGCAGUGAAUCAGAUACUUGAAAUAUCUUGAUUAGUGUAGAACACUGAAGAGUCGUUGCUCUUUUUCUAAAAAUUUUUAUACAUAAGGGUUUCAAAAAUGGUAUUUUCAUUCUAUAAACAGUUGAUAUGAAAGGUGAUUUAGAAUUCUGUAUUUUUAGAGGCACGUGUUUGAAUACACUCACUGACCCUCCAAAACUAUCUUAUAUUUAUGUAGAAAGGGGCGAAUAGUAAAAGUAAAUUAAUUAUCCUAAUAUCUUAUAAUCAUUCCAAAAGGUGAACUCUGUGAUCAAAACAAUUUGACAGAAAAAAUAAUGAUCUCAAUUCACUUUUUCAAAUGGUUGUAUCGCCUUCAAUUUUACUUGUAUCUCUUUUAGUUUUAAAAAAAUUUUGGAAUAUUAUUUUGGACAAGGCCGUUUUUUGUUUAGUUUGAGUAAAUGUGUGAUCAAAUCUAAUGCUAACUUAAAGGCCAUGCGCAGAGUACUUUUUUUGCAGAGUUCUUGAGUACGGUUUUUUUUGGAAUAUGUUCAGGAGUACCCCCUGAAAGGAAAUGGAAGUGGGCGUCAUCGGGUGGCCUCCGCGUUAGCCGCAAAACACUGAAAAUUUCGCGAACCGCGCAUCGUACCACGAAAAUAGUUCAGAUCAUUUUUAUAGAUAAUUUUUUUACAGGGAAGCCCCUGAACAUAUUCCAAAAAAAUCCGUUUUCUAGAAUUUUGCAUUAUGAUGACCUAACGUCAAGUUGGGUCACUUGAGACAAUUUUAAACUUUACCCCUGUCUUAAAAAGAAUCCGCUCAAGCUAGAUCAUUCAAAUCAACGCCAUAUUUUGAGUGUGCGUCUGUACUACGAUACCUACUACAUAAAACAAACAGGAAUGAAACACUCAAAUAUAUAAAAUUUCCACAGGGGCGGUAACUUGAGACACGGCCUAAAUUGUGUCGAAACUCAAGUAAGCCAAUCGAGUUUCAGAUUUUCAAACGUUUUUAAAAAAUAUAUCGAGCAUUUUGAAAAAGUAGAAUAUUUUUUUUAAGAAAAACUGCGUCGUUUAAUACUACUUAUGUUACAGAAGUUUUGAAAAAGAUAAACAAAAUACAUCUAUCUGUAGAUAGAUAUAAAAACUGAAUAAAAAAAACUUCCCAAGGAACUGAAAAAAAUCUAACGACUAAAAUUCUACUGAAAAAGUAUACCUGCCGCGAUGGAUAGAUACAGGAACUAAUUUUGACAAUAUUUGUUUAAUCAACAUCAGAAAAAUGAAUAUUUUUUUGUAAUUUGCCGACUGGCACGUGAAUACGUAAUUUGGCUCUGUGGCACUUGUUUUUCCUGUAAACAUCUUUGAAAUCUUUUGUGAAGCUUGGUAUUAAAAUACCACCAAAACAAAGUCUCCGGUCUUUAGUUCUGCUGGAUUUACCACAUUACCAUCCCUGUCAGAAGGAUCUUCAUUAAAUUCGAGAUCUUUAUUAUGUGACGAAUCAUCAGAAUCUUUGUAGGUGCUGACUCUUUUAGAAGUCUUGGAACUUGAUGGUGCUGGGUUUACAUUCUGAGUAAUUCUUCAAUGUUUUUUGGAUUGUAUGGCUAAUAUUGACAUUUUUUUCUUUUUACAAUGGUGGAGGUUUUUUUUAAGAAUAGAUAUUUUAAAACCAUUAUCAAUUGUAAUAUUGUUUCCUGAGUUUUCAGAUUCUAGGGACUCUUCUAAAUUGGGUGGCAAUUUUUCCAACAUUUUUUGUCUGUUUAUUGGAUGAAUUCCAGAGGCGGCGCGGAACCCCGAUAUUAGCUUGUUUUUGUUCUAUUAUUCUCGUCUAGUUUUUCUAAACUUUGUUUCAAUAAUCUGGGAAAUCUAUCUUUUGGCACUACAUCCCUAUUUUUUAAUUUCAAUUCAAAAGCGUAUUUCUCCAAACUCAUUUUAAAGGCCUAAAAUAGGCUACAUCUAAUGGUUGACAUAUGUGUGUGCUAUUGGAGAGCAGUAAGAUAAGUUUUAUCUUAUAUUAUUUGCAUAACUCUGUAACAGAGCUGGAGAUUACCAAAUUAUCGCCAAUAAACGCACUUGGAGAAUCUUUGUGAAUUAUGGCAAGGCAAUAGUUCUAAACAAAUCCUCAAAAAUAGCUUCAUUAAAUCAUUAAAAGAUUUAGACCUAUUAUAUCUAGCCUCUAUUGGUCCAUUUUUAGUCCAACUAUCGUACAGAUAUUCGGUCUUAUAAACAAUAUAAGAUGGUUAAAGGACACCUGAUGCAGAUCCGGCUAACAGUAUUGAAUAUUUAAGAACUAUCCAUUAUUCUGUGGGCAUGCUUGGAACCUCUCCUUCGUAGUUCACGAUGUCAUUUAGUGCAACUCCUUGGUGACUCCUGUCCGAACUUUCUUGAUAUUUUCACACCAUAGGUUAGAAAGUAUUUCGCGGUGUCUCCUAAUAAAUUCUCUGCCUGGCAGUUUAUUUAUAAAUUUUACCACAUUUCUACCAGAACUGUCAAGAUAUGUCUUAAUUAACCUCACAUCUACUGCAGUUAGUCACUGCUUAGAUGGAUAUUUUCAAUUAAUUUAGCCUCUUCAGCUGCGGUCAAAACAGUUUGUCCAUCUGGAUUCAACGAAUAACGAUUUUUCACCCUAUGCUCUAUAGUGUCCUUUGGUAUCCCGUAUUUAUUUAGUUUUCUCAAUGAAACUCCUUUUUUCCUUUUUUCCACUACUUUUUCUAAAUUUCCAAUAUCGUAUCUUUAGUAAUUGGCCCCAAUUUUGCGACUAUAGCGUCCCAUUAUCUUUUUUUAUACUGAGUGCCUUAUGGUGACUUAAAAUAUGUCUCAUGUCACCAUCUUGUACGACAUAUUUGGAUUGUUUUGUGAACAAAAAAAUUGGUCCAUUCCUUUUACAGAAUUUCCAAGAAGCCUGUUCUGCGUCAUUGUCAGAUGAUAUAUCUGAGGGGCGGCUUUGUCGAAUAUUUUACAUAAAAAAGUGUUUCAAAUCAGCAAGCAGUCUCAAGUGACCCGACCUGGCGGUACUUUUUUUGCUCUAGCGCUUGGCCUAUUAGUCAUUAUAUUUGUAGACAAUAACAAGAAUGAUUCAAACAAUGAAAAUGAGGUUGAGGUAUGAAUAAAAAAAUUAUACGAUGUAAAUAUACCUAAAACAUCACUCGAAAACAGAUUUGAUAGUGUCAUUAAUACUAGUUGUUAACGCUUAAAAUUUUAAUCUGAAUUCUUUGAUAUUGACCUAAUAUUGGAUUGUAAAUUGUUUUCAAAUAUUGUAGCAGGAUGGACUGUUAUGAAUUAAUUUAAUCACUCCCUUCAUUUCUGACAAAAAUUUUAGGGUUAUAUUGUCUAUUUAUCUUUCUAAAUAUAGUAAGAUGUGAUUUUAUUUAUGCAAUAUAGAUAUAUUUAUUGAUCCA